UGCCUCUCGCCAAGCUGCUUCCCCAGACAAGAUGAAGCCAAGGAGGAGCUUUCCGACACGCUGGAGUCACAGUGACUGCUGCCUGGUUUAAAAUCCAUGUCAGACUGUGCCCCGGCUGCCUGGCGAGAUGAAAGAAGUGGUGCUGUGGUCGCCCGAAGAGGUGACGACUUGGUUAACGGAAAAUGCUGUGCCGGAGUAUUGUGAGCCCUUGAAGAGCUUCACCGGGCAGGAUUUGAUCAACCUCACGGAGGAGGAUUUUAAGAAGACGCCUCUCUCCCGGGUGUCUUCUGACAGCGGCCAGCGGCUAUUGCACAUGAUCGAAACUUUAAAAAUGGCUCACCACAUGGAGGCUCACAAAAACGGGCACGUCAACGGGCACAUCCGUGUCGGCAACGCCACGCACGAGAACGGCUUUAGCAGUAAACUGAAACUGAACGGGAUGCCAAAUGGGUAUAAGAAGGAAAUGAUAAAGAUCCCCAUGCCAGAGCCAGAGCGCUCGCAGUAUCCCGCGGAAUGGGGCAAGACUAUCCUGGCUUUUAUUUAUGCACUUUUUUGUUUCGUCUUUACCACAGUGACUAUCUCAGUCGUUCAUGAACGAGUGCCUCCCAAGGAGGUGCAGCCUCCCCUGCCAGAUGCAUUUUUCGAUCGUUUUGAUCGGGUGCAGUGGGCUUUUUCUAUUUGUGAAAUCAACGGCAUGAUCCUUGUAGGACUGUGGUUUGUUCAGUGGCUGCUCUUAAAAUACAAGUCUAUAAUUGGCAGAAGAUUUUUCUGUAUAGUUGGCACACUAUACCUGUAUCGGUGUAUUACAAUGUAUGUGACUACACUCCCAGUACCUGGCAUGCAUUUCAAGUGUUCUCCGAAGCUUUUUGGAGACUGGGAAUCUCAUCUGCGAAGGAUAAUGAAGCUGCUUGCUGGCGGAGGAUUGUCCAUCACGGGAUCCCACAACAUGUGCGGCGACUACCUGUACAGCGGCCACACCGUCAUACUGACUCUUACCUACUUAUUUAUCAAAGAGUAUUCCCCGCGGCGACUCUGGUGGUAUCACUGGCUUUGCUGGGCGCUCAGCAUGGUUGGGAUGUUCUGCAUCCUCCUUGCUCAUGACCACUACACUGUGGACGUGGUGGUGGCUUACUACAUCACUACAAGACUUUUCUGGUGGUAUCACACAAUGGCCAACCAGCAAGUGCUAAAAGAAGCUUCCCAAACUAACCUCCUCGCAAGGGUCUGGUGGUACAAACCCUUCCAGUACUUAGAAAAGAAUGUCCAAGGAAUUGUACCUCGCUCCUACCACUGGCCCUUCCCCUGGCCAGUGCUGCACAGGGGCAGGCAGGUGAAAUACAGCCGCUUGGUGAACGACACAUAACAGCGUGUCAGCGGACACAACAGGGGCAGAGGACUUGUCCCAAGUGCUAAGAACUCCAUACGAGAAGAUGCCAUAAAAAAAAAAAGAAAUCAACCUGCUCCCUAACCCUUUCUUUUAACAGUUCCCUUGACUUAACCUAUUCAGUUACCUGGUAAGCACUGUGAUCUUUUUUUCUCUCCAAAGGAUCUGCGUUGGACAACAAUAAAGAAAAUUUAACUUCUCAUGCACUGUUAUACAUUUCUUGUUAAUAGAUGUGGGAUUGACAUUUACCCAUCACCGUGUUCCUUUGUAUAUGAUGCGGCAGCAUAAAUGAAAGCUUUUAUAUCAUGAGUUCUGGUCUUUCCAGUCGCGUCUGGGAAUAAAGCAUAUUAUUUUCUUGGGAAAACAUACUUUUCAUAUCUCUUGCCCCAAAGAUUGGGCUGUAAGCCAUUUUCUAGCAAAUGACUCUAUGAAGGUUUCUAAAUACCUGCCUUGGGUGAAAUCGAGAAAUCUUUCUACCUGUCGCACCGCGCUAUGAAUAAGAUGACAGACACAGGGAGGUUUGGUAAUCUUGGUUUUGUAGAAUCUGCAGUGACUGUGUCAAA